AUGGCUCUACCGAUGCUCAUGAAUGGGGGCGCAGAGUGCGGCCCGUCGAAUGCGCUACAGGGGUUUUCGAAGCAAUUCGACCAAGAUCGAGGUGCGGCACACGAUAGAAUAGAUACCAGGCCAGGCCAGUCGGGUUCGACUUUCCGCACUCGGCCCACGGGUGCUGCGGCCAAUCCACUCGAACAAGAUGCGAUGCGAUUUUUGGUGCUGGGCCGAACACGUCCUUGGGGGUGCGUUGCCGAGGCUGGGAGGCCCUCCUGUUGCUGCUCCGCUGCUGCUACUGCUCCAAGUGGCUGGGCCGCCGAUUUCGCUCGUGCUGGUGCUGGUGCUAGCGGAGGGAUGGGUGUAGAGGCGGGUAUGAGUAUGGGUGGAGAGUGGGCGCUGCAGAUGCCGAUGCAGGCUCAGGGGAUGCAAGGUCUGGAGCGAGGAGCCAUAUCGCCGCCUGCGCAAAUGCAACAAAUGGGCGGUAUUCAACACCAUAUGGCAUAUGGGCCAACCAUGAUGAACACAGUCGCUCGUAAUACUACUUGGACCUCGGACAUGCGAACAGAUCCCGAAUCUCAAAUCGUGUUUCCCGACAUUCAACCCCAAACGACAGUUGAGCCCACCCAUGCCGAACCAACACCAUCCACCUCGACCGCCGGAGAACGCUCGGAGCUCGCAGAGACGGCACGCCAGUUGAUCGAGGCGCUCCAGCACGAAACUAGACCCAAAUUCAAGAACUCACAGUUUAUGGGUCUUAUGCGCCAGCUCCGAGACGGGGAGGUGGUCGUGCAAGAUGGAGACAUGGUUCCUGCGUCCGAAGCACGUCCAGCCGAACCUACCGCAUUGGACAAGGGAAAGGGGAAAGCCGUGGAGGGAGGUGCGGGCUGGGCAAAUGAAUACUCGACUCCUGGGUUGCAGCGACGCAAAUCUGUGCAUUUCGAAUCGGGCUCUGACCAGGCUCAAAUCACGGAGCAAGACGACGCAUUCGACAAUGCUGAUGUAUUCUACGAUAUUUACAAUCGAGAACGUCAAGCUUCGAGUGUCGCUGAUCCGCAAAAGGAUGAAUGGGCUCAACUUCAGUCCGAUUGGGACUCGUUCGAAGCGACUGCGAGUGGAAUCAAGCCGGUCCACCCGCGAAGGUAUCAGUUCCAGAAGAAUAACCCAUAUUUGAAUGAGACGAGAAUGCAUGCGAUGCACAAGCAUGGGGCCGGACUUCAACAGAACCGCCAUGGCUCCCAGAGCGUACUCGAACAUGAAGCGAUCGUUCAACGAGAUCCGACGAAUGCACAAGCGUGGCUUGCACUCGGCGUAAAGCAGCAAGAAAACGAGAGAGAACAACACGCGAUCGAUGCGCUUCGAGAGGCUGUAUUGCAAGAUCCUUCAUGUAUGCCUGCAUACUUGGCACUGGCGGUUUCCUAUGCAAACGAAGGUGAUCGGGUAUCAGUCCAUCGUGCGAUUGGAGACUGGAUGACAGGGCGAGGCGCUAAAGUGCGCAAGGUGGGGGGAUUGGGAGAAUUGGGUGUGAUGGAAGGCGUCGCUUCGGUAGACGAAGUCCACAAUGAAUAUAUCUCGGGGCUCUUGAAUAUGGCGAGGCAGUCCUCGGACGAGAUUGAUGCGGAUAUUCAGAUUGCGCUGGGGAUCUUGCUCAAUACUAUGGAGGACUAUUCCAAGGCGCAAGAUUGUUUUAGAACCGCACUUGCUGUGCGGCCUGAUGACUGGCUCUUGUUCAACCGUGUAGGCGCAACUUUGGCUAACAGUGGGGGCCCAGAAGAAGCUUUGGCAUUCUACUACAAGGCCCUUGAGCUCAACCCCGGAUACAUCCGCGCUCGAUACAACUUGGGAAUUUCUCGUUACGAAGAGGCUGCACAGCACCUUGUGGAUGCACUUGUCCUGCAAGAGAGCGAGGGUCUAAAUAAUGAGCGAGGUGUGACCUCGGGUUCACUCUGGGACACGUUGCGUUCAACUUGUUUGAACCUGCAGCGAGUGGACUUGGCCGUUGUUUGUGAGACAAGGGACUUGCAGAAAUUCAUCGAUAGCUUCCACCGGGCGGAGGCAUAA